AUGAUGAAAUCAAUCAACAAAUGGAUCUACGGUCCCACCCCCGAAGAGAAAGUCAAAGCCUGGCAGGGAAAGCUGCGUACUCAAGAACGCCAGCUUGAUCGAGAAAUCCGCAAUCUGGAAGCAGCUACGCAGAAAUCUAGGAUAGAGCUCAAACAGCUCGCCAAGAAGAACGAUGUCAAGUCCGCCCGUAUCCUCGCGAGGGAAGUCGUUCGGGCCAACAAACAGCGAGAUAGGCUUGAGAGCUCGAAAGCGAGAAUCAAGAGCGUAAACAUGCAGCUUCAACAUCAAUUAUCGAUGGUCAAGGUGACGGGCGCUUUCCAAAAGAGUACGGAGAUCAUGAAGACGACAAAUGCUUUGGUGAAGCUUCCCCAGCUGAGCGCCACCAUGCGGGAAAUGAGCAUGGAGAUGAUGAAGGCGAGUCUCCUUGAUCCUUUCGGUAUAAUGGAAGAAAUGAUGGAAGAUACAUUGGACUCUGUCAACGACGACGAGGAACUGGAAGAAGAAGCAGACCAGGAAGUCGACAAGGUGCUUUUCGAGCUUACCGACGGCAAACUGGGUCAAGCAGGGGCCGUGGGGGCAGCGUUACCAGUGGAGGAGGAAGAAGAGAACGAAGAAGAGAUGGCGCGUAUGAGGAAGGAGAUGCAAGAGUUGUUGAGCUCGUAG